ACCGCACACGUACAACGGUACAUAUACGCCGUUGAAUGUGUGAGUGCGCAAGUAGCAGCGCGAAGUGCCAGUGGAGCGGUGGAGCGUCAGUUCGGUCGGGGAGUUAUCGACGAAAGGACGUAAGGCGCAGGCGGAGCGGAGCAGGCAGGCACAGAACAGCUUGACUGUGUAUCUCGUAGUCAACAUGGCCACAGCGAUCGACGAUCGGCAGGAACUCCUCGAACGUUUCCAAGCCAUCGACGAGAAUGGCGAUGGCUUUAUCGACCUGGCGGAGCUGCGUAACGCCUUGGACCAGUGUGGCUUCAAGAUGCCAGGCUACAAGGUACGUCGUAUGAUCGAGGAAUACGACGACAAGCGUCGCCCUCAGGACCGCGGGAGGCUCAGCUUCGACGAAUUCGAGAAGCUCUGCCAGGAAUUGCGCGCCAACGACCCGAGCUCCAGUUUCAAGCAGGCCGUCUCGAAGAAGGACAACUUGGAAAAGUUGGGCGGCAUUUCGGCGGCUUCCAGCGAGGGCACCACGCACUCCGUCAGGCUGGAAGAGCAGCUGGCCUUCAGCGAUUGGAUCAACACCAAUUUGGCGCACGAUAAGGAUUUGAAGCACCUGUUGCCCAUCGACGCUGAAGGGAAACAGUUGUACGAUAAGGUCAAGGAUGGCAUUCUGCUAUGUAAAAUAAUCAAUCACUCGUGCCCGGAUACGAUCGACGAGCGUACCAUCAACAAAAAAAAUUUGACCCUCUACCGCACGCAUGAGAACCUGACGUUGGCACUGGCGUCCGCCCAGUCGAUCGGUUGCAAUAUCAUCAACAUCGACGCACACGACUUGAGCAAAGGAUCGCCGCACUUGGUACUCGGCCUACUCUGGCAGAUCAUUCGCAUCGGCCUGUUCAACCAAAUCACUCUGGAAAAUUGUCCUGGAUUGGCAAGGUUACUUCAGGAUGGCGAGAGAAUCGAAGAUUUGUUGAGGUUGUCUCCCGAGGAAAUCCUGUUGAGAUGGGUGAAUCAUCAUCUGGAGAACGCUGGCAUCGGAAGGAGAUGCAACAACUUCUACUCUGACAUCACCGAUUCAGAAAUCUAUUCGCAUCUCGUCCACCAGAUUGCCCCGAAAGAAGCUGGAGUUACUUUGGAAGCGCUGAUGGAACCGAAUCAUGUGACAAGAGCCGAGAUAAUGUUGCAGCAGGCUGCCAAAAUCGAGUGCAGGAGUUUCGUUACAUCCAGCGAUGUUGUCAACGGAAUACACAAAUUGAACUUGGCUUUUGUGGCAAAUAUGUUUAAUAAGUAUCCUGGCCUCGAUAAACUCGAGGACGACAGUAUCGAGGGCCUAGAGACGAUCGAAGAAAGUCGCGAGGAGAAAACUUAUCGUAAUUGGAUGAAUUCGAUGGGUGUCUCGCCUUACGUCAACUGGCUGUACUCCGAUCUCGCUGAUGGCCUUAUCUUCUUCCAACUGUACGAUAUCAUUAAGCCGGGCACUGUCAAUUGGAACAAAGUGCAUAAAAAAUUCUCCAAGCUGCGUAAGUUCAUGGAAAAGUUGGAGAAUUGUAAUUACGUGGUGGAGCUUGGUAGACAGAUGAAUUUUUCGCUCGUUGGGAUCGCUGGCCAAGACAUCAACGACGGCACGGUGACGUUAACUUUGGCGCUGAUUUGGCAGCUGAUGAGGUCGUACACGCUGAGUAUAUUGAGUGGGCUGACAGGAAGGCCAGGCACCGCGAUCGUCGAGAAGGAGAUUGUUCAGUGGGUCAAUUCCAAGCUCAAGGCUGCCAACAAGACUUCGUCCAUUAAGAGCUUCCAAGAUUAUGCAAUUGCUGACGGCAAGGUCGUGCUUGAUCUUAUUGAUUCAAUCAAGCCUGGCUCGGUUAACUAUGAUUUGGUGAAGGAGGGAGGCAAUGACCAAGACAAUCUUGAGAAUGCAAAGUACGCGCUAUCCUUGGCGAGGAAAUGCGGUGCUCGCGUGUACGCGUUGCCUGAGGACAUUACCGAAGUUAAACAUAAGAUGGUCAUGACGGUAUUUGCCUGUUUAAUGGCAACAGAUUAUGUACCAAAUCGCGACAGCAAUAAUACCAACAACGAGCAGAAUAGUAACAGUAAUAGCAACGACACUAUCAGUCAAUAAUCGCAACGACGACGAGUUUUACUUUUUUGGUUUCCUUUGUGGAUAAAACGAGAUGAAAGAACGCGAAAGUAUGCGGGCACGCUCGCGCAACUUAUAUACUUUCAUUGACCUUCAAUGCCUAUAUAGCGAUAGAGACGACUAGAAAUCGACGCAAGAAAUGCUCUGCGAGUAACUGGUGUGGCUGGUAUUUCUCUUCUUUUUCUUUAUUUUUUGUUGGCUUUUUUAAUUGAUGUCGCUGUCAAUUUGGAUUAUUAUAUACUCGAGUUCGCUCGAUGAGUCGUGAGGAAUUUCUCGAGGAGAUCGCUUAAGAAAAUUUCCCACGAUGCGUGGAUAUGCGCGUGUGUGUGUUGUCGAAUUAUUGAAAGUACAACUUUGAAUAAUGCACCUCCUUUAUAGAUAACGAUAACUUACAUAAGCUUUUUGUGUAAUAUGUAUAUGAUUUUCUCAGUACCGACAAAUAAUGAGGGUUUAUUUGUAGAAGGCGUUAUGAAAAUGGCAUAUUAUCGAACAAUCGUAACAUAAACUGAAAAUAAUCAACUUUUUUCGGAAAAAACAUAGUCUAAAUAUGAUUUAGCUUGUUUAGUCUUUUACAUUAAUUCGUAAUGUAUAGGCGUCUUUUGUUUAAGUAGGAAUAUUCGCAUAAGAGGCAAUUUUAAUGUUGAUUUAUUAAACAUUAAGAGUGAGACUUAUAUUUUAAGUGAGGAAAAUGAAAAAAAAUGCUCAAAAGCGGCCUAGCUUCUUUUUGCGUUACAUCGCAAUUAUAACACAUGUGCAAUAAAUGAAGAUAAAAACAUAUACCUAUAAUAACAAAUUUUUAAUAGAAAACAUGGAUUGUACCUACAGAUUUUAGAAUUAGAAGCAUAUUUACUGAAAUAGACAGAAAGAGUAAUCAGAUUUCUGAGGAUUUAUAAUACACGUAUUUGAAGAUGUGUAUUUUAUUGCGUGUGUAUACACACUUGUGCAUUUACGACUAUAGAUCAUGUAAUAAUUAUCGUAAUCAAUGUGUCCGUAAUAUAUGCGAGAAAGAAAAAUAAAACAUUGGAAUAAAAAUAACUAUUAUUUAUGCUUCACAUUGGAGCUAUGCUGACAGGAAAAUUAUUUUUACUGAUUAGCGUUAUGUGAUCAUUGGAAUUUAGUAUUGACUAAGUUUCAUAUUGCCAUAGCUUGCAAUUUCAAUUGCACAAACUCACACGAUAAAAGUUUUGUGAUUCGGCCUUAUGAACGGGAAUUCUUUUUGAUUGUGAUUAUUUUUUCAAAUUGUGUUUAUAUAUACAGUUAGGUACAGAUAAAUUUUUGUGUUCAAAAAGCUAAUUACAAAAUUGAUUUUUUUGCGUAUAUUAACGGCUUACGUAAGGUAAAGAUUUUUUUCUUACGGAGCGAAAAGAGAAUAAAUUCGUUAUUUACAGAAUGAGCUGAUGUCUGAUGUAGGUACACUAUGUUUUGAAGAAAGCUAACCGAUUUUUUUACAAGUCAUAAUAUUAGUUGAAUAGAUAUUUUUGAGAAACGAUGCAUAAAUUAUAUAUUUCGUUGUUAAAAUUUUUUAUGUAUUUUUGAAGCUGUUAGUCAAAGGUUAAGGAGAUUUUUUGCAAUGAAUUAGAAUGAAAUAAUUGAAUUUUUUCUUUUGUCGAUUUUUAUUUUACACGAUCCAAAAUCAAGGUAACGACGAAACAAUAGCUACAAGCUCCAAAAGUGUAAGCACUUCCUAUAGCUUAUAAAAGUAUUUUAUUACAUAUUUAAAAAUGCUAGUAGGAGGCGUUUUCUCCGCUUUUGAAUGAAAUUUUUUAUAAGAAAAUGGAAUAUAUGUAUUAAAGCGAGAUGACAUUGUAAGUUUGUAUAAAAAUAUACACCUGCAAAGACCAACGAUUUUUGAAAUUUGUACACCAUUUUAUAAUACAAUAAUCAUAAUUUCACUAGA